CUACCGGACUGACUGACAACUGAUUUGCGGACGGAUUGGUGAAGAUAAGGGACGCAAUGUCGACUGUGACGCGACGCCGACAUCGAAGAGAGCGCGUGUUCGCCCAGUACGCUGUUGUGAUGAUGGGACGGCAGCGUGUGUUCCGUGACCGCUUGAACCCUUUGGAGGAGUUCGAUGAGGACGAACUGCAGGAGCGCUUUCGAUUCGGUCGCGCGGGCAUUGUGUUCCUCGCCGACACACUGCGCCCGGACUUGGAGCGGCCGACGCGUCGCAGCCGCGCCCUCUCUGCAGAGCAGCAGGUCAUUGUCGCCUUACAGUUCUACGCCACGGGGAACUUCCUCAUCACCGCAGGGGACUACAUCCGUGUGCACGUCUCCACUGCUUCGCGGACUGUGAGGCGGGUGACUCAGGCCUUGGCACGUCGUGCCCGAGACUUCAUAGGGUGGCCAGGUGAAGCUGAGGGUCAUGCCUUACAACAGGCCUUCUUUGAGAUCGGCAAGCUGGCCGAUGGCGUUUACGAGGGCCUACUGCUUGGAGACAGCGGCUACACCUGCAAGCCAUGGCUGAUGACGCCCUUCCUGUCUCCGUCAUCAGCAGCGGAGGUCGCCUACAAUGCGUCACAUAGCACAACGAGGAGCAUCGUGGAACGGACAAUAGGCCAGCUCAAGCGGAGAUUUCAUUGCCUCCAUGCUGAGUUGAGGAUGCAGCCAGAGAGAUGCUGCGACAUCACUGUUGCCUGCUGUGUCCUGCACAACCUGGCCAAGACAUAUCCCUGCAGCAUGCCAAGGACUGUCCUCCCCGAAGAGGUUCCCGUCAAGCCCGUGGCAGCGGGCCGUGAUGAAAGCAACGAGGCUCGGGAUGCCAUCGUCAGCCAGUUCUUCGGUUGA